CAUCAAAUCGUUUCGACUUCUUCUUCUUCUUGUUGAAUUUUGAGUUUCAUAGAAAUUUUUUUAGUCUUUAGAGUUUGAGGAAUGGGGGUGGAUUACUACAACAUCUUGAAGGUGAACAGAAAUGCUACUGAAGAAGACCUGAAGAAGUCCUACAAGAGGUUGUCCAUGAGAUGGCAUCCAGACAAGAAUCCAGAUAUUAAAAAGACAGAAGCAGAAGCCAAAUUCAAGCAGCUUUCAGAGGCUUAUGAUGUCCUUAGUGACCCUCAGAAGCGGCAGAUCUACGAUGCAUAUGGCGAGGAAGCCCUAAAGUCCGGUAAUGUCCCUCCUCGUCCUACUUCUGGAGGUGCUACCUGCUUCCACUUCAAUCCCCGUGAUGCGGAUGACAUCUUCGCUGAGUUCUUCGGUGGUUCUGACGGUGUCAACGGUGGUGGUCGUGGUCAGAGUUUUAGCAGGAAUCCUCAUGCGGAUGGUACCGGUCAACCGCCUCGUAAAAUUCCGCCGGUUGAAAAGAAUCUAUCUUUUAGCCUGGAGGAUCUUUACUCUGGUUCCAAACGGAAGAUGAAGAUCUCCAGGACCGUUCCUGAUGUUUACGGGAAACCAACGACUGUGGAGGAGAUCCUGAUCAUAGAUAUAAAGCCUGGGUGGAAGAAGGGAACAAAAAUAACUUUCCCCCAGAAGGGUAACCAAGAUCCAGGCACCAUUGCAGGAGAUCUUAUUUUCUUGGUUGAUGAGAAACCUCAUGCAAUGUACAAGAGAGAUGGGAAUGAUCUGUUGGUAAACCAGAAGAUAUCACUCUUGGAUGCACUCACAGGGAAGACUCUGAAUCUGACAACGCUAGAUGGGAGGCUCCUUACAAUAUCAUUGACGGAUAUUGUCAAACCAGGAUAUGAGAUGGUGAUAGAAAAUGAAGGAAUGCCCAUCUCAAAAGAACCUGGGAAGAAGGGAAAUCUGAGAAUAAACUUCGAUGUCAAAUUCCCAUCAAGGCUCACUACAGAACAAAAAUCUGAUCUGAGGAGGGUGUUGGGAAGGAGCUGACUUUGAAUUUGGAGGACUUACUUUUUAACAUGGGUAGGUGGAAGUGCCAUUGAAUUGUAAA